UAUCACCAUCUAGAGUUAAAAUACUCAAUUCUUCACCAUCUAGAUUCUGAGCACCAUGUCUAUCACCAUCUAGAGUUGCAAUACUCAAUUCUUCACCAUCUUGAUUCUGAGCACCCUGUCUAUCACCAUCUACAGUUACAAUACUCAUUUCUUCACCAUCUUGAUCACCCUGUCUAUCACCACCUACAGUUACAAUACUCAAUUCUUCACCAUCUAGAUUCUGAGCACCCUGUCUAUCACUAUCUACAGUUACAAUACUCAUUUCUUCACCAUCUUGAUGUUUAG